AUGAGACUCUUCAUCGGUAGAAAAUCACGAUCGAUUGUAAUAUCUUCCAAUAACUAUUGUUUAUCCUUCCAACGUUUGCGCAGCAUACCAGGUGCCAGUUCCCAGCAGCGUCAACUAAGUAAAACUCCUAGUGUAACAAUUAAGUCCUUUCCUGACACAGAUCUUUCAAACGAUAGCAACUAUCUCGAAGUCAAAAGUUGCAUAUUUAAUGGAUUGUUAGGACUCGUUUGUCUUAAUGGCGAUAUCUAUGUCGCCGUCAUAUCUGGUGUUCAGAAUGUUGGGUUUCCUCGAUGGAAACUCAUAGAUCAUCAAGUUAGGCCAUCGGAGAGCAUUUAUAAGGUAUUAGAUGUUGACUUUUACAGCUUAGAAAGCGAUGUAUUCGAUUACCUUCUUUGCGAAAGAUCAGAGCAAAACUACGAUAAAUUGAUCCAUGAACAUCCUUGUGGUCCCUUGAAAAAACUAUUCAGUGAUGGAACAUUUUAUUAUUCUAGGGAUUUCGAUAUCUCUAAUAUCGUGAAAAACCACGGCUUAUCACAUAACUUAGAAUAUACCGUAGAUAACCAAGAUUUGUCAUUUAUUUGGAAUUCUAAUUUGGCAAGUGAGGUUAUCAACUGGAGAAGCAAAAUUUCAAAUGAGGAGAAACAACUUUUUGCUAACGCAGGGUUCUUAACAUUUGUAAUUCGUGGUUAUUGCAAGACAGCAUUAAUAGAGGAUGGCCCAAAUACAGCCUCUAUAACCAUAAUUUCCAGGAUUUCAACUGAGAGUAAACAAGAUACGCUAGAGUUGCAGGGUAUUAGUGAAGAUGGAAGAAUUUCGCUAUUUGUUGAGACAGAGAUUGUGGUAACCACAGAAAAAUUUAUUUUCUCUUACACUCAAGUGAACGGAAGUAUUCCUCUUUUUUGGGAAUCUGUAGAUAGUCAACUGUUGUAUGGAAAAAAGAUCAAGGUAACAAAAGAUUCCAUUGAAGCUCAAGGAGCUUUUGACAGGCAUUUUGAUAAUCUGACCUCAAAAUAUGGUGUUGUGAGUAUCGUCAAUAUCAUAAAACCUAGAAGCGAAUCUCAAGAAAAGCUAGCACUAACGUACAAGGAUUGCGCUGAAUCAAAGGGAAUAAAAAUAACAAAUAUAGAAUACAGCUCGAGUGUUCUGACAAAGUCUCCCCAUAAAUUACUUUAUUUAUUAAAGCAGGAUAUUUACGAGUUUGGCGCGUUUGCCUAUGAUAUCUCCAAAGGCAUCUACUUUGCAAAACAAACGGGGGUAUUACGAAUAAGCGCGUUUGAUUCAAUUGAAAAACCUAACACAGUUGAAAGGUUAGUGAGCAAGGAAGUACUUGAACUGACUACAAAUGAAAUUGAUGUAUUUGAACUAACUUCCCCAUUCUUAGACGCGCAUGAUAAGCUAUGGUCGGAAAACUAUUACUGGCUUGAUCGAACAUACACUAAGCACACAAAAAAUUCUGGUAAGUAUACAAAGGUUUAUUCGAAGUUAUUUGGUUCUCGAGUUAGAUUAUACGACCCGCUACAUAUCUACAUCUCUCAGCAUUUAAAGCAAUUAAGGUCAAAAUAUACGUUCGAGAAAGACAUCUCAAUUUUUGCAGGAACAUUUAAUAUAAGUGGGAAAAUCCCAAAAGAUGAUAUAAAAAAUUGGAUAUUUCCGAAAUCGAUGUCCAAGGAUGAUGAAAUGGCUGAUCUUUAUGUUAUCGGAUUAGAAGAAGUAGUAGAACUUACACCAGGUCAUAUGCUUGCUACCGAUCCAUAUGUCCGACAAUUUUGGGAAAAGAAGAUAUUGACGUUGUUAAAUGGGCCCGGACGUAAAAAGAAAUAUGUCCGUCUAUGGAGUACGCAGUUGGGCGGUAUUUUACUUUUAUUAUUUAUGAAUGAGACAGAAUAUUCUAAAGUAAAACAUAUUGAAGGAGAUGUUAAAAAAACUGGGUUUGGAGGAAUGGCUUCUAAUAAAGGAGCCGUCGCAGUUAGUUUCAAGUAUUCAGCUACAAGAUUUUGCGUACUGGUAUCUCAUUUAGCGGCAGGGCUAGAAAAUGUUGAACAAAGGCAUAACGACUAUAAGACGAUUGCAAAAAGUAUCAGGUUCUCUAAAGGAUUACGAAUAAAGGAUCACGACGCAAUUAUUUGGAUGGGUGAUUUCAAUUACAGAAUAUUGAUGUCAAAUGAAGAUGUUAGACGAAAAAUUGUCUCCAAAGAAUAUGCCAGUCUAUUUGAGAAAGAUCAACUUAAUCAACAAAUGAUCGCAGGUGAGUCUUUUCCAUACUUCCAUGAAAUGGCAAUUGAUUUCCCACCUACCUAUAAAUUUGACCCAGGAACCAAAAACUACGACACGAGUGAAAAAAUGAGGAUACCAGCAUGGACUGACCGAAUUUUGAGCAGAGGAGAAGUACUGAAACAGUUAGAGUAUAAAUGUUGUGAAGAUAUAUUGUUUUCCGAUCAUAGACCAGUAUAUGCCAUAUUCAGGGCUAGAGUAACAGUAGUCGAUGAACAAAAAAAGACUACUUUGGGUACACAAAUUUACGAGAAGAUUAUGGAAAGACUAGAGGGAUUGGAUGAUGAUGAGAAAAUCGCGGUUCUGAGUGAUGACGCAUUUGUUACCGAAAGUUUUGAGGGCAAUGAUCCAAUAGCUGGCCCUACGCAUUCUCCGACGCCAAUUCCUGAGCCUAAAAGAGGUAGAAAAUUACCACCACCUAGUUCUGAUUUGAAAAAAUGGUGGAUUGGGAGUGGGAAGCAAGUUAAAGUAGUUCUUGACGUAGACCCAGCCGUUUACAUGAUUAAUCCUGAGAGAGACCCCAACCCGUUCGUCGAGAACGAAGAUGAGCCACUUUUUAUAGAAAGGUAA